AAUCACAGAGUCAGAGGUUCUGCUGUGAAGAGUUAAGACUAAGGUAGAUUUUGUGGUAAAUGAGGAAGCCUGAAGACGAUGGCAGUGAAUAUGAGUAAGAACGGUACAUCACUCAUGGACGCUUAUAAAGAAGUCGUGGAUGGAAAGGUGGACACAAACUGGGCGCUCUUCACUUAUGAAGGGAACAGUAAUGAUAUUCGUCUGGCACAUAAGGGAGAUGGUGGAUUAGAGGAGAUGGUGGAGGAGCUGAACUCUGGAAAGGUGAUGUACGCUUUCUGUCGAGUCCAGGACCCAAACUCUGGUCUGCCCAAAUAUGUCCUCAUAAACUGGACAGGUGAAGGUGUGAAGGACUCCAGAAAAGGAAUGUGUGCCAACCAUGUGAGCUUGAUGUCCAACUUCCUGAGGGGUGCCCAUGUGACCAUCAACGCCCGCGGAGACGAAGACGUGGAACCAGAGACCAUUCUGGAGAAAGUGGCCAAAGCCUCCGGAGCAAACUUUCAUUUCCACAAACCGAAAGAAUACAGAGACGCUCCGAGAGGAGCCGUAGUGAGAAACACAUAUACUGGUUCUGUGUAUCAGAAGGUCAACGCUGUGGACGAAAUCCAACAAACCAGAAAGGACGAUUUCUGGGUUCAAACUCAGAGGGAAGAAGAGGUUCGUCAACAGGAGGAGAACCAACGACUGGAGAGGGAGAAACAAACGCUGGAGAGGGAGAGGAGGGAGAUGGAGGAGAAGCAGACGAAGGAGAGGGAGAAGAAAGCGAAGGAGAGAGCUCAGCAGAUCGAACAGGAGAAGGUCCAUCAGAAGAAGAGAGAAGAAGAGGACCGAGAGAAUGAGCAGCAGACACAUAACCUGCAGGAAAAUGGAAACAGGAAGUCGGGCAUCAACUUCGCUGCGUCGGUGCAGAAAGCGAAUGAGGCCAAAUCCCUGAUUUCUCUGAGGUCAUUUAACCCCAGAGACGUCUUCAAGCAGAGGGAGCAGAGCUUUGAGUCUGCUGCUGCAUCCAGACCAGGGAACUUUUUAUCUCAGAAGUCCUUUGAGAGAGAAACUUUGCUGCAACCUCAGUCUCCUCCUUCUCCAGCUGUGGUCUCCCUGUCUCCUGUCCCACCUGUCUCACCUGUGCUGGCUCACUCACCUGCUGCACCACCAGAGACAACCGGCUCACCUGUUCCAGCUGCAGAAGAGGAGGACUGGUCUGAUGAGUUUGAAGACGAUGGAGAUGAAGCUCCUCCUGAAGACCUGUACGAGGCACCACAUCCAGCAGAGACAGAUGAGGACCUGUAUGAAGAUGUUUCCCUUCCAAACAUCUCCUCCGCCGGAGUCGUUGAUGUGGAGACCAGUGGAACAAGCAUCAGUGCCAGAGCUCUGUAUGACUACCAGGCUGCGGACGACACUGAAAUCACGUUUGACCCUGAUGACAUCAUCACGGAGAUCGAGAUGCUGGAUGAGGGUUGGUGGAGAGGUUUCGGACCUCACGGAGACUACGGCUUGUUCCCCGCCAAUUAUGUUGAGCUUCUCUAGAACCAUCUGACAGGAAGUGGAUUAAGAUAAUAAAAGCUAAAUAUUUAUCUUACAUCAAUGUGUCGUCAUUGUCACAUUAAAGAUUUGUCUCAACGUUUAUCAUCACUGGAUUAAUAGACUGGUGUCAAAAUAAAUUAUUAAUUAUUAUACCUUCAUAAUGGUUUGAUUUAGUAAAAAAUAAAAAUGAACUUUUAAGCACAAAACCAAUUUUCAACAACUAGACAUCCCAGAUUGAACAAAAGGUAGUUACUUAUCAGGAUGAUGAAAAUAAAAUAUUUUGAAAUGAGAAUAGAUAAAUAUAAAGAAUAACAAAUAAUAGAUUAGGGAAUGAAAUAUACAUUCAGUAGCACUGUAACGUUAGAAGACACGGAAGUUAAAAGACAUCAUGAACAAAUGUAGUUACAACAAAUCAAACACAAACACCACGAAGGUGACAAUUUUAUAAGUUAUAUACAAAUUAAAUUGACCAGAGUUUAGACAAGAUCAAUGAAGUGUUUGUGUGACGUGACGUGGUCACGUGUCAUAUAUAUAUGUAUAUACACACAUAUAUAUAGUACAGUGAUAGGUUAGUUAUAUUAAGUUAGUAAGUCAACUUAUUUUGCAGUAUAAGUUUUGGCAGCUGAGCUGCCUUAAUUAACUGAGCAUUCUGUGUUAAAAUCAAAGUUAAAAAGCACUUUUGACAAAAACCUGAAUUAUUGGGACAUCUGACUGUCAGCCAAUCAGAAGCUCCGAAAACAGAUUUUGUUUUUGUAUUGAAGCUUUCUACACCCAUAGAAACACUUCUACACUGUUAAGUAACUGCAGACUGACUUGAUCAGUGUUGGUCAUUGUGUAUCGAGAUGUGAAACAAUGUGUGUGAGUGAAUACUGAGCUAUUGUAGUGUGUAGAUCUGUCUUACAUUCAGCUUACAUUACCUCUUUAUUAUGUCGUCACACCAGCUUUGAGGCUUAUAAUAAUAAUUGUAUUCAUAAUACAAGAAUAUAUAAUAAUAAAAGUUCAUAACGAU